AGAAAACGCACUACUAAAGUUCGAUCGAGCAUGCAUGACAUGGCAUGCUCAAGUUGAUUUCUAGCCAAAGUUCGAGUCACCCACACCCAGACAAGACAUCCUUGUUCAUUAAGCAAUCCAAAAACCACCCCAUGUUUUUGAACUACAGCGCCCAUAAAUCAGUUCUGGACAAAUCAGUUGGUCCCAUUGUUUCGAAUUACAACCAUCAUAAAUCAGUGUGCAGACUGAAGGACCAAGAACUAGAUUAUAUUUUAGCACAUCUUCUGUGAAACAUUGUUCCUCUCAAGCAUGCAUCUCUAUAGCACAUAGCUAUUGAAGUGAGCUUAUUCAAUGAUCAGUAAGCUUCCAACCCAUGCAUCUCCUGGUCUGCCAACCAGACUGUAACCUACCAAAAAACUGUCGCAUAUCUACUCUUUUUCUAGUAUCUGUCUUAAGCUAAACAAUUUCCCCUCCAGCGCCGAAGAUGGACUGUCGCAGUGAGGGUCGCGUUGCAGCCAAAUUGCCCAAUGAUCUCCUCGUCGAGAUCCUAUCUCGGUUGCCGGCCAAAUCGAUCCUUCGCUUCAAGUGCAUCUCGAAAUCAUGGCUUGCCCUCACCUCCGAUUCCUACUACCGGACCAAGCUGCCACCCACCACGUCUGGUAUCUUCUUGCAUGAGGCCGAGCAUUACAAGUUUAACAGAUCAGAAGUGCAGACCUUCUACAUCAGCCUAUCUUCAGCGGAUGAAAAUACCAUGGACACUGCUCUGGAUUUCUUGCCUUCCCAUAAAGCUCGAAAGAUCACUCAUUGCUGCAAUGGCCUGCUUCUCAGAUGCUCGUGGGAUAUCGAAUCCCCGAAAGCCAUGUAUUUGAAUCCCUGCUACUACUACCAUGUUUGCAACCCCGCCACUAGGGAAUGGGCUGCCAUCCCUUCAUCAAGUAGAGGACCACAGCCUCUAGCCUUGGCUUUCGAUCCCCGUCUCUCCCGCCACUACUACAUCCUUCGAAAUGAUCUAGAUUACACUUUAAAAGAUGGUUUUGAGAUCUUCUCAUCCAAGACAGGCGAGUGGGUCAAGAGACCGAUUCCUCCCCUCAAUAACAUUCCCUGCAACCACUACUGGAUCCAGCAUGGCGUGGUCUUUGAUGGAAUUUUACAUGUUCUAGAUCCCAACGGUGCAAUUAUUCUUGGAGUCGAUCUUGAGGGAGGGAAUGUUUGUCGUAGAAUCAAGCUGCCAAGAUCAGCAAGAAUUGAAAGCAUUCGCACUCGGUGGAUUUGUCUUCCUCUAGAGACUCUUAAGCAAGAGUCCAUUGGGUACUCUGAGGGUAAUUUGCAUUAUGCACUAGAAGAUGAGGAUGAUAUUAUAAAAGUUUGGAUUCUCAAAGAUCAUAGCACGCAUGAAUGGUUCUUGAAGCAUUGCAUUCAUAUCAAAACCAUGCUGGAGAGGCAUAACGUUGAGUAUCUACCUCGAUCCUCUCGACUUGUUAGCUAUCUUAAUAUCUUGGGAUUUCACCCGGACGUUGAUGCUGUUUUCUUUCAAGUGCAAGCUAAGAAGAUUCUUUGUUACCACUUGAACAGUGGUGGAUCAGAAGAAAUUUUCAGCUUGCCUCAUGAACACCUGCUUGGUUUUUUUAUUUAUUCGCCUUGCCUGUUAGAAGGCUUAUUACAGGGUGAGCGAGCCUGAGAAGAUGGCAAUGUGGUGGUGGGCUUCUCACCUCCUCGUUCAACUUGUACAAGAUUCUGGUUGGCAUUGUACAAGAUUAUAGCUAUAUUACCUUAUAUUCUCUCGCGAUUCGGAGGAUAUCUUUUGUUGCCUGAAGUUUCGGAUUCGUAUAGUAUAUAGUUCUUAUUAUGUAUGUAAAACUGGGGAAGGAUUUUCGAUUUGAUACGUUGUCUUGUAACAUUUUAUAUAUCAUUCUAAUAAGUAUCCAAUAUUUGUUAGCUUUGAAAUUAAUUAUUUGCUUGUUUACUAGAUGAUGUUCCUACUUGGU